AUGCUAAGCAAAUACGGGCUCUUUUUUGGCGGGGACAAGGCAAGGCGCGACCAGUUGUGCUCGUCCCAGGUUCUGUCUCAUGUCCGCCACAUAGAAACUGAUGAUAAUCUAUCUAUCUAUCUAUCUAUCUAUCUAUCUAUCUAUCUAUCUAUCUAUCUAAAUUCUUACCUCACAGCAUGCCUAGAUCAGUGUAGAAUCCUGCAUCUAUCACCCAACAUGUCAACGAAAUCGAGGCGUGCGAGAGGACGUCCGCCGAAGACUCCUUUGUCGGGUCGGACUAAUUUUCUAAAGAGACCUCGGGCUUACACUGGCAGUAGCUUUGUCGAUAGCCAUCACCAACAUUUGGACGGUGCUUCUGGUGGUACAGGAACGUUUGGUGGUUCUCACCUGGGGCACCACGGUCAUCACCAUCAUCAUUUGGGUAGAGGUGGUAUCCGGGGACCCCGCCUGAGAGAGGCUGCUCAAAAGAGCCGCACCUACAUCCAACAGAUGCUUGAGGACGAUGACGAUGAUGCUCCCAGGAACCUCGAUCCAGACCCCGACAAGUCCAGCGACAUUACCGAUGUGGACACUAUUGACGAUGACCACUGCUCGGACGAUACUUACGAGGAAUCAGAGUCUGUCUACAGCGAAGAGAGUUACAGUACCGUCAGUUCAUUUGGUCGGCGAAGGUACCAUCCCCGGAGGCCGAAAACCCCCGAUCUGGAUGAAAACCGUGAAAUCCCUCCUCUUCAAUUACCCCCAUCUGCAACAGACCUCACAAUACCAACGGAACAUCUGAUGCAGGCAUUGAGCAUCUAUGAGGUUCUGAGGCAUUUUCGGACCAUUCUCCGUCUGUCACCAUUUUUAUUCGAAGACUUUUGCUCAGCACUUCUCUCUGAUGAGCAAUGUUUGUUGUUAGCAGAGACUCAUAUAGCUUUGAUGAAAUCCUUGUUACGCGAAGAGGAAGCCAAUAACACAACGUUCGGAGCUCACGAUUUAAAAGACAGUAUCAAUAUCGCCUUGUUCUUUUUGGAUGGCAUGACAUGGACAGAGCUGGUCAGGUCUUACCUGGACAGCGAUCAAAACCAAGAAUUUAAACACACGAUUGAGGUGUUGGAAAAAGCUGACUUUCCCUUUGUCGGUAUUGAGGACAAGUUAACUGUCCUACAGACUUUGACAGAUCUCUUCCUUGCCACUAAUGCUGUCAGGGAGGAAAUCAUGAAUGAAGGCAACAUUCAGUAUGAUGAUCAUUGUCGAUCUUGUCAUAAGUUGGGUGACCUCCUAUGCUGCGAGACAUGUCCUGCUGUCUACCAUUUGAAUUGUGUUGAUCCUCCACUUCAAGAAGUUCCUGAGGAUGAUUGGUUAUGUAAUGUAUGUAAAGCCCAUCAGGUAAAAGGCUUGACAGAUUGCAUAUCAGAAGCUGAGCGCAGUGGUUUACUUUGCCGCCAUGAACCUAUUGGUUAUGACAGACAUGGAAGAAACUAUUGGUUUCUUAUACGCAGAAUCGUUGUGGAAAAAGAUAAUGAAACAUGGUACUACAGCUCAAAGGUUCAAUUGGAAGAGUUACUGGAAACUCUGGACAAUGAUGAAUGGGAAGCAGAUUUAGUUGAUGCUAUCAAUGAAAUAAAGGAUGAUGUCUUAAGGCAUAUGAGCCUGACAGAAGACUUGACUAAUACAGCAAAAGGAAACAAAAAAUCUGUUUUAGAAAUUGAAAAUGCAAAUCUUUUGAAAGUACAAACAGAGAGGGCUGCAAAACGCGCUCAGGAGGAGGCUGAGAGAAAAGCACGAGAAGAAGAGGAACAGCGGAAGCGAGAGGAAGAAGAGAGAUUACGUCAGGAGGCAGCCAAGAUUGAAAGGGAACAGGAACAGCAGCAGCAGCAGCAGCUGUUGCAAAACUCAGAAUCUGUAGCACAGAAUUCCAUGCUUUCUGGUUGUACGUCCAUGGUAGGAAGCAGCAGUGGUUCAGUUUUCAUCAUUCCUUCCAGCACAGCAGAUGGCUCUCUUGUGCACAGUACAAAUGCAUCAGGAGAUUGCAAAGAGAAGAGCAGUGAAACGGGAACAUUUGUCGCAGGGAGUUCAGUACCUAUUUCCACACCAGGUUUGAUGACACCACCAAAGCCUGUGGAAGGAAUUUCAGUUGAAGAUGAAGAAAAAAAACAGAAUGAGAAGACAGAGACAGAAACUCGAAGAAUUGUAACUCGGUCUAAGACAGGUUCAUUAACCCCCAAACAGUUCACAGAUUCAAUCACCAGUAGUUCAACAAAGGGUAACCGCUUACCAAACUCUGAGGAUGUUGUUUUAGUAAAUAAAGAAGGUGAAUUGACUCGCGUUACUCGAAGUAAAAGUAGUUCUACAAAUACUUCUUCUGGAUACUUCAGACUGGGCAAUGAAAACAAUUACAAAUCAUUUAGUAACCAAUAUUCUGUCAAUGCUUUGGCUCUCAACAAACAUCAACAUAAUGAAGAAAGAGAUAAGAAACGCUUUUUGUCUCACAAAUUUAGUUUAACACCAUUAAGUGAAUUUAAAUGGAAUGGUAGUCUCUAUGGUAAUCGUAUAUUAACAAUCUCCACAUUGAGAUUAAGCAUUACUCAACUUGAGAGCAAUCUUCCAACCCCUUUUCUGCACCCCAACUGGGCCAUCCACCGGCAAAACUGGCAAAAAGCUGUGCAUAUGUGCCAGAAUCCUCAGGAUUUUGCUCUUGCCCUUGCUAUUCUGGAGGCUUGUAUCAAGCCUGUACUCUUCAAUCCUGUGUGGACAGAAUCACUUGGACAUCAUCGACUGCAAAAGAUAACUGCCAUGGAUCGUGAAGAAAUGAAAAAGAAGGAGAAAGAACAACGUAAACGUCGAGAAGAGGAAGAUGAUCCAAGUCGACUUGUAUGGAUCAAGUAUCCACUUGGCCUUAAGCAUCAGGUUUGGAAACAAAAAGGAGAAGAAUACCGAAUUACCGGUGGUCAUGGUUGGUUAUGGGUUGGAGCAACAAGGGUCUACAAUCUUGUUCCUAUGGACACGGUUGGCUUGCGUGCUGUUGCAGCUAAGCUUCAAGCUCGUAAACGCAAAUCUGGUGAAGAUACACCUACGAAACUUUCCAAAAUUGCUAAGAAAGAAAAUGGUGAUGCUGAGAAUAGAGAAAUUGGUGACCUCAAACAAGAAGAUGCAAAUGAAAGCAAAAACCUUGGAGUAUCAGGAGGCAGUGGUGACAGCAUUUGCAAUAUGGAAGUUGAUGAGAAUUGUGUGAAAGUGGAACUAACUGAGCCCAACAUGAACAGUGAAGGAAGCGUGAAGGAUGAGGCCAAAAGCUCUACUGAGGUUUCCAAUGCAAAGAUGGAAAUAGAUGUUCGUAGUGAGGCAAAACAUAUUGAAUCUUCAGCAUCAUUAUCCACCAAAGUGGCAAGCAUGUUUAAUAAGGAGGGUGCUGAAGUCACAGUGGGAGAAGGGAGUAAAACUGAGGAGAUCGCAAAUGAAGUUGAAAUGAAAACUGAAGACAACACUGAUUUGAAAGCAAAAUGCAAUUUGCCAACAAAUUGCAACAAGAUGAACAAAUGUGUUUUCCUUGCUCCUCCAUAUUCAGGUUUGCCUCCUAAGGUAGAUGUGGACAUCAUUGAUGUAAGUGAGGCCAUCCAGGAGAAGACUUACUAUCCUAAAGCAGUUAAGCCUCCUUCAAAAUUAGAUUGCCUCUUAGAACGUCGUCUCAAGUGUGAUGAAAUGGAGAAGAAACAGAGAUUAGCAAUUGAACAGCAGAUAAACAUUAAAUUGAAACUGCAGGCUGCCAACUCACAGGUAAAGAUCCUUACUACAGCUCUAAAAUCAGAACAGAAGGUAGCUCAGGAAAAUAUUAACCCUGCUGUACGAUAUACUUGUUACUGCAUUGCUUGUCGUCAGAAAUCUACUUUUGUUAAACAAGGAAUUUCUAUAACAACCAGUACAGCUGCUGCCACUGGCCUCUCCUCUUGUUACUCUCCAUCUUGUCGAAGAGCCAAGCCUACUGUUACUGCCACCACUUUGCUGACUUCCUCAGUUAUUGCUGCCCCCACUGCUACGGUUGCUGCUGGUAGCUCACUAUUGAAAACUAUCACACAGUUAACAACUUUAGCCUCAACGACAGCACCGGCAGUUGCAACUUCAGUGGUCAAAACUGUUCCUAUGGUCACUGCAACCACAGCCAUUCCUAACAAACCUAUAAUGGUUGCAAGCCCAGUAGCUAAACCUACUAUGGUUGCAGUUCCAUCAGCUAGUGCUAUUGUGACUGCAUGUACAAGUACUGUAGUGGCCACACCAGCAACCAUAGUGACGGCUGCUGUACCUACUAUUCCAGCAACCAUUGUAACAACAACUGCAAACCUUAGUACAGCCACUCCUCAAACCACACUGGUAACAGCAGCACCAGCUGCUAUCUCAGUUGUAGCCAAAGUAGUUUCAUCUGCAGCUUCUACCAUAACAGCAACUAAUACAAGUGUCCCAACAAUACCUGUAGUGACACCUACAACAACAACAGCAGUACCAGCUUCCAAGCCUGCUGUAACAACAAUAACUGGAACAACAUCAGCUACUGCAGUCUCUACUCUACCUGCCAGCAUAGCAUCAUCUGCUGUUCGUAUUAUCCCAGUAACUGUUGCAACAUCUGCUAUAUCAGUGUCUGCAGCCAACUCUACUGUGCCAACUAUACCAGUAACGAUAGCAUCAAUGGUCUCUACAACAAAUUCUGUCACCCCAACAGCACCUCCCUCGUCAGCUCCUACUACACAACAAGUUACUAUUGCAAUGCCCUCCUCACAUCCUCUGACUGCCAAAAUUCCUGUCUCCAUAACAACUCCAGUAACCACAACUGCCAUGGUGGUAAUAACUGCUCCUGCAUCACUUAAUUCUCUUAACAAAUCAACGGCUCUACCACCAACAAGCAUGGAAAAGACUUCUGUGAAGACGUUAAUAGUUAAUGGGAAGAAAGCAGACAGCGAUACAUCGGCUACAAACAAUAAUAAAGAAGAAGAAAUUGAUGUAGAAGGGGACAAGGAAAACACUUCCAAAUCCCUUCUUGUCAAUUCUGAGAAUUCCUCAAAACCUUUGGCUGAUGGAAUUGUAGUCAGCAAAACUCUGCUUCCAAAAUUGUCUUCAGACAUAUCACUGCUGCCAUCUAGUGGUGUAGCCCUGGCUAAAGCUGCCUCUGUCACUUCAGGCGAGGUGAAGAGUAGCCCUGCUAAAGUAAGUACUACCAUGGCCACUACUAACAGCAGUACUGUGGCACAGCUACUGACGGCUAAACCUGCUAUUGCACCAACAUUGACUCCUGCCCAAAUUGCUGCACGUCAGGCCCUGGCUGCUAUGACAGUUGAUGAACUCAGGGCCAAGAUUCCCCCAAUAAGGACUACAAAAGAUAAAUUUAGACUCCCCAAAUUUUCAAAAAUAGGCAAAAGGACCAAAAUGCUGCGGAAGAGCAGUUUACCUGUAUGUCAAAAAUUUCAGACGCCCGGAAAAUGGAAAAGCAUUUUUGUUUUAGAAAUGCAUGAUCUGAAACGUAUGGCAAGGAAGGGUGGCAAUAUGGAAGCAUCAGGCUUCAACUACAACUGUAAAAUGAACCAUGUAAACUGGAUUUAUCAAUGUCCGCGGCCUUCUUUUAAAUCUGCUUGGCGCUAUCGCACACAAACUUUAAAAUCCCUAGCAGCAGCUGGCCUGCAACUGCGGAUUCUCUGGGUGUGUUUACGAUGGGAUGAUAUGGCUGUGAAGGCCCCUGCAGGGGGGACCAACACUGUCUCCACAGAAACUGAAAUUACCACUACUGAACUGUUGAAAAGACGAGAUAUAGGCCCAUAUGGUUUGCGCUCUGAGUUCUUAGUGCGCAAAAUUGUUGUACCUAUUGGCCUACCUAGUCAGCAAAGAGAAAAAUAUACUCCUCAACGAAGUGGUUUACGUGAACGUAAACGAGCAGAAUCUCCAAAGCAGACUGAACCCAGUGUCACUGAAACUUGGACACCUGAGGAGCAGUUGGAACUCUGGGAAAUUAAACAAUUUGGUGAAAAGCUAGAGAAACAGCGAGCAGCUCUACAAGAAAAGUCUAGUCAAAGAUCUAGCGGUAGCAGUUCAGGUAGUUCUUCUGGUACAGGUCUUGUCCAAAAUGCAGCUCAGAUAAAAGCACAGAUGGAACUGCAAUUAAAACAACAAAGACAAAACCUUCAACAAAAACGACUCUUGCAGGAUGCCAGCAAGAACAGUACAGCCAGUUCAGGUGGUACAGUCGUAACACUAGCCUUGGGAACUAAUACCACAACUUCGUUGAAGGCCACAAGUACCCCCACCAUCAUCUCAGCCCCAGCAGUUAUCAAACGGGUUCAAGUGCAGCCAAAGACCAUUAUUGCUUCUCCAGCCUCUUCUUCUGGUGGAUCCGUUACCACCAGUAGCAGCAUCCGGCCUGGAGUGAAAGUUCAAUUACCUGCCUCAACCAUCACCCUUCGUCCUACAGCCAAUGUAACUUUGGCACCUAAACCUGGUACAGUUGUCUCAACUUCCACUGGUACUGCAACCAGACUAAUUGCUCCAGGACAAAUACAAACAACUCGAGCAACUGUCCAGAUUAGGCCACAAGUCAUUGCUCAAGGCAUGCCUGGCCAAGUUCAAAAUGUACAAAUUAUUCAAGGUCCACAAGGCCAGCUUCAAGUGCGUGGACUUCUGCCAGGUCAGCAGAUAGUGAGGUUACCUGAUGGCCGUCUCCAGUUGAUUACCCUUCCCACUACCGCACCUACAGUGGCUACAGUCACUACAACUACAACACCUGGCCAAGUACGUCCCCAAGUGACCAUCAGACCCCAGCAACAAACAGUUUUACUCAGUUCUCCAACUGCAGCAGCCACUACCAGACUAGUGGUACCAGCAGCAACUACCACCACCACCACUACCACCACUGCAGCUGCUACUGCAGCUGCUACUGCAGCUGCUACUGCAGCAACCACUACACCCCAAGCAACUGCUCCCACUACCGCUAACACCGCCCCAACAGUAACUACUGCUUCUGCUCCAACCAAUGCAGCCUCAACUACCACAACGACAGCACCAACCAGUGCUAUUGUAUCACUAGCAAAUACGGCCACUAAUGUGGAAACGACAGCCACAACAACAACAACAUCAACGACAGUUGUAUCACGUCCAGCUAGUAGUGCAGCAACUGCCGGUACUACAAUUCUGACUGCUUCUCCAUUGACCAGCCGUGUAAUUGCUAAACCAAUUGUAUCAGUAGUGACCAGCCGUACUGGCACAUCGACAGUCCCCAUUGCCAUCAUGAACACGAGUGGUGCCGUUACAGGCACUAGUGUGUUAGCCGCAGCCCGUCCCAUCGCAGCUCUGACAGCUGGCUCUAAUACUGCAGCGGCGGCUUCUUCUGGCACAACCACAACUACAACCUCUACAUCUGCCACAACAAACACAACCACCAAAUAUGCACUUACCCCUCAAGUUGUUCAACAAGUUGUGCGUCAAGCGUUGCUACAAAAUCAGAGCCCAGAGAUUCAAGCGAAGCUGUUGGCUUACCAGAGACAGAUGCAGGCCCAGAAGGUGCAGCAGCCGCUUACCACACUCCAAGCUCUGGCAGCCAUUCAGGGCAAAUCAAAAGAUAAAAUCAUCACUGCCCUACCUCAUCAGGUUGUAUUGAAGCAAACUACUGGCACUGGUAGUAGUACAACACCAGUGGUCACUGCUACAACUCUGACCACUACAGAGCAACCCAAAGUAAAACCUAAAGCACUCACUCAGGAGCAAAAGGAGGAGCAAGUAAGGUUGUCCGUAUGUAGCCAGGUGAUGAAAUCAAUGCUGGAUAAAAUUGAAAAAGAGGAGAAAGUAGAACAGAAGCGCAUCAAGAAGCAAGAAUCUGCUGAGGAAAAGCAGAAACGUGUGAUGGCAACUAAACUGCAGGCCAUACUCUUUAAACAAAAAGAAGCAUUGAAGAAAGAGAUUUUAAGGAAGCGUUCUCUUAUGGAGAAGAACUUACAACAAGACAUCCAGAUGGAAAUUAAUGAACGAAUUAAGCAGAAGAAAAAGAAACCCGCUUCUAAGACACAUGCAACUACAACACCUCCAACAAAUGCAGUACGCCGUAAGGAAGACACUUUGAAUGCUUCUGUUGCUGCUCCACCUGCUCCAGCUUCAGUAACAUCCUCUAAGAAAAAGAAACAAAAGAUUAUCUCCACAGGCAGCAGUAAAUCAUUCAACCCAGCUGAGAAACUGUACUGCAUAUGCAAGACACCCUAUGAUGACUCCAAGUUCUACAUUGGUUGUGAUCUGUGUUCCAAUUGGUUCCACGGGGCAUGUGUGGCUGUCUCCGAGGAGCAGGCACAGUACAUAGAAUCCUACGUAUGUGAUGAAUGCAAACUGCAUCGGGAGAACACAUCAGAAGAACUCUACUGCAUAUGCAGAACUCCUUAUGACGAGUCACAAUUUUAUAUUGGUUGCGAUCGGUGUCAAGACUGGUUUCAUGGUCGUUGCGUGGGUGUCACAAAAAGUGAAGCAGACAGCAUGGACACGUACCUUUGCCCUACUUGUAAGAAGAACGAACAUGGUGACAAAUAUUCUCAAAGAGUAAUGUCCGACAAAGAUUAUGAUAGCUUACGACGUCUGCUUCGAAGUCUUCAGGCACACAAAAUGGCCUGGCCAUUCCUUGAACCAGUCAACAAAUUGGAAGCUCCAGAUUAUUAUGAUGUUAUCAAAGAACCCAUGGAUUUAUCGACUGUAGAAGAACGUCUUAGUAAAAAACAUUAUACACGCCUCACAGACUUCAUAAAAGACAUGACAAAGAUUUUUGAUAAUUGUCGUUAUUACAACCCCAGUGACUCACCAUUUUACCAAUGUGCUGAGGUUUUGGAGACUUUCUUUGUACAGAAGCUGAAAACCCUGAAGGAGAAAUUCUAA